AUGCCAACAACACAGAAAACAUUGAUGUUCUUAACCAGCUUUGUCACAAGCCUUGGGUCUGUCAUCGUGAUUUGCUCGAUACUCGGGACACAAGAAUGGAUCACCAGCACAAUUGCCACUGUAGACUUAUUUUCCAAUGGUACCGUCAGCAUCACCUACGGCCUUUUUCGUGGCAAGAGUGGUCAAGUAUUGGAUCAGGGGCUUCCAGAACUAGACAAACACUUUGAAGUUUUAGGGAUAUUGAGGGAUUCUUCCCAAAAAUCUCUGCAUUUGGUGGUCAUCCUGUUUCUGGUCCUCAGUUUGGCUGCUUCACUGCUGAGUUCGGGGUUUACCUUCUACAACAGCAUCAGCAACCCCUACCAGACGUUCCUGGGCCCGAUAGGGGUGUACACCUGGAAUGGACUCAGUGCCUUCCUCGCUUUCUUGACCAUGAUCCUGUUCGUGGGGAACACAGAGGCCAAUCAUCUCUCCCAAGCCUUGUCCAAGGAACUUUAUGCAGACAUCAGUGUCAUCAGGACAACCCACAGUUACGGAUACUCGUUUUGGCUCAUACUUCUUGUCAUUCUUCUGAAUAUAGUCACUGUGGUCAUCAUCAUUUUCUACCAGAAGGCCCGAUACCAGCAGAAGCAAGAGCAGAGAAAGCCAGUGGAAUAUGCUCCCAGGGACGGCAUUUUAUUCUGA